ACCCUCGCCGUUCUUUAUGGUACCUGGGAGGAGCGGAGGGGGCGGUGCCCGGUUGCCGGCUCGGGCCCCCGCAAUCUCGCCAAUUUAAGCUGCGGACACCAUGGCGCCUCCGAGAGAGAAUGUCAGUUUGCUGUUUAAAUUGUACUGCUUGAUGGUGAUGACCCUGGUGGCUGCAACGUACACUGUAGCUCUACGAUACACGAGAAUAGCAGAAACAGAACUCUACUUUGCAACCACAGCUGUGUGCAUUACAGAAGUUAUCAAGUUAUUCCUAAGUGUGGGUAUUUUGGCCAAAGAAACUGGAAGCCUGGGUAGGUUGAUGACAUCUUUAAGAGAAAAUAUAUUAGGCAGCCCGAAGGAAUUGCUAAAAUUAAGUGUUCCAUCUGUGGUGUAUGCGGUCCAAAACAACAUGGCUUUCUUGGCUCUUAGCAAUUUGGAUGCAGCAGUCUACCAGGUGACAUAUCAGUUGAAGAUCCCAUGCACAGCCUUAUGUACGGUCUUAAUGUUAAACCGUUCCCUAAGUAAAUUGCAGUGGUUCUCUGUCUUUAUGUUGUGCGGUGGAGUCACACUUGUUCAGUGGAAACCUGCUCAGGUUACAAAAGUACAGAUGGAGCAGAAUCCCUGGUUAGGGUUUGGCGCUAUAGCUAUUGCUGUAUUAUGUUCAGGAUUUGCAGGAGUCUAUUUUGAGAAGGUAUUAAAGAGUUCAGAUACUUCCCUGUGGGUGAGGAACAUUCAGAUGUACUUGUCUGGGAUUGUGGUGACUUUAGUUGGUGUUUACAUGUCAGAAGGAGCUCAAGUUCUUGAGAAAGGAUUUUUCUAUGGCUACACAUAUUAUGUCGGGUUCGUCAUCUUGCUUGCCAGUGUUGGAGGCCUCUACACUUCGGUUGUUGUUAAAUACACAGACAACAUUAUGAAAGGGUUUUCUGCAGCAGCAGCCAUUGUCCUUUCUACUGUUGCAUCGGUGAUGCUGUUUGGUUUACAGAUCACUAUAAGCUUUGCUCUUGGUGCUUUCCUUGUUUGUAUUUCUAUAUACCUGUAUGGAUUACCUCGACAAGACACCACAAAAAUCCAGCCAUCAUUAGAGACAGUGAGUUUGAAAGAGAAACUUAUUAAUAUGUGAUGUAUGCCAUAACAAAGGACAAGAGACACUGCAAAGGAAAGACACGGGGGAAAAAAACCCUGUUUUUAAUUAGCCUUAAACUAGUCAUGGAAAGACUUAACUUGGACAGAAUAAAAGCAGCAGUUAAUUCUGGAAGAAACUGAAGGGUUUUCUUUGGAUGCUACAGACUCUCCAUUAUUGCCAAGCUCCUGAAGAAGCUUGUUCAUGUAAGGCAUGUUCCUUUCAUGUUGGACUGUGAGGAGCCCACCUACCAGCAAUGCAGAAUGAAGGAAUUGAACCUUCUGUUGUAUAUAAAAGAGGGACAUUCUCUCCGACUGUAUAGUUGAAUGACUAUAUUGUGCCAUUUAUGGGCAGAAAUACUCAAAGGCUUCAGAAGCUCUAUUAAAGGAGAUCUCAUUACCAAA